AUGAUGCCUUUAAGACCAUCACAAAGUACCCUGCGGGCCUUCCACCUCCAGAGGCAACUCGCCGGACGCCGACCUUUUUCGACCUCGUUUGUCGCCUCGGCCGUUUCGCCCCACCGCUACGUUCAGAAGCGUAGCCAGAGCACAGCUUCAGCUUCAGCCUCGGAGUCCAGACCCGUCCCUAGCCCGGCGUUCAACCAGGAACCCCAUCGCAAUGAGAUCUCUCCCUUGCAACACCGCCAGCUCCCCGAGCUUGAUGACUCAAUGGUUGGAAUGAGCGGUGGAGAGAUCUUCCACGAAAUGAUGCUUCGCCAGGGUGUGAAGCACAUCUUCGGUUACCCUGGUGGUGCCAUUCUCCCCGUCUUCGAUGCUAUCUACAACUCGAAGCACUUCGAUUUCCUCCUUCCCAAGCACGAACAGGGUGCCGGUCACAUGGCGGAGGGCUACGCUCGCGCCUCUGGCAAGCCCGGUGUUGUUCUCGUUACCUCUGGUCCCGGUGCCACCAACGUUAUCACUCCUAUGCAAGACGCUAUGUCUGAUGGUACUCCGAUGGUUGUCUUCUGUGGACAGGUUCCCACCAGCGCCAUUGGAACCGAUUCCUUCCAGGAAGCUGACGUGAUUGGCAUCUCUCGUGCCUGCACCAAAUGGAACGUGAUGGUCAAGUCUGUUGGUGAGCUGCCUCGCCGCAUCCAGGAAGCCUUCGAGAUUGCCACCAGUGGUCGCCCAGGCCCUGUUCUGGUUGAUCUGCCCAAGGAUGUCACCGCUGGCAUUCUCCGGAACCCCAUUCCCAUGCACAGCACCAUUCCCUCGCUCCCCAGCGCCGCGGCAAGGGCAGCCCGUGACUUGAGCCAGAAGCAGCUCGAGAGCACCAUUAACCGUGUUGCUAGCCUCGUUAACGUUGCCAAGAAGCCCGUUCUCUACGUUGGACAGGGUCUCCUGGCUCACCCCGAGGGCCCUAAGAUCCUGAAGGAAUUCGCCGAUAAGGCAUGCAUUCCUGUCACCACCACCCUGCAAGGUCUUGGUGGAUUCGAUGAAUUGGAUCCCAAGGCCCUUCACAUGCUGGGUAUGCACGGAUCCGCUUACGCCAACAUGGCCAUGCAGGAGGCCGAUCUCAUCAUUGCUGUUGGCGCCCGUUUCGAUGACCGUGUGACUGGCAGCAUCCCCAAGUUUGCUCCCCAAGCCAAGCUUGCCGCUACUGAGGGACGCGGUGGUAUUGUCCACUUCGAGAUCAUGCCCAAGAACAUCAACAAGGUCGUUCAAGCCAACGAGGCCGUUGAGGGUGACUGUGCCGCUAACCUUCGUCUUCUUUUGCCUCAAGUCAAGGCCGUUCCUGAGCGUCCUGAGUGGUUCGAGCAGAUCAACGACUGGAAGCAGCGCUUCCCUCUGUCGCUCUACGACCGCCAGACUGCGGAAAGCCCUAUCAAGCCCCAGGCUGUUAUUGAGAAGCUCAGCGACCUUACUGCCCACAUGAAGGACAAGACCAUCAUCACUACCGGUGUCGGUCAGCACCAGAUGUGGACUGCCCAGCACUUCCGCUGGCGUCACCCUCGUACCAUGAUCACCUCCGGUGGUCUUGGUACCAUGGGCUUCGGUCUUCCUGCCGCCCUUGGAGCCAAGGUGGCCCGUCCGGACUGCCUGGUCAUCGACAUCGACGGUGACGCUUCUUUCAACAUGACUCUCACUGAGCUUUCCACCGCUGCUCAGUUCAACAUUGGUGUCAAGGUUCUCCUGCUCAACAACGAGGAGCAGGGUAUGGUCACCCAAUGGCAAAACCUCUUCUAUGAGGAUCGUUACUCCCACACUCACCAGCAGAACCCCGACUUCGUUCCUCUCGCCAAGGCUAUGCGCGUCGCUGCUGACAAGUGCUUCAAGCCUUCCGAGCUUGAGGAGAAGCUCAAGUGGCUGAUCGAGCACGACGGUCCUGCCCUUCUGGAGGUCAUCACUGACCGCAAGGUGCCCGUUCUCCCUAUGGUGCCUUCCGGCCGUGGUCUUCACGAGUUCCUGGUUUACGAUGAAGCCAAGGAUCUCGAGCGCAAGGACCUGAUGCGCCAGCGUAAUGUGGACUUUGCUGUCCGACAAGAGUAG